CCGCCAUUCUUCUCCCCAUAAGACCAGCAACGGCUCCUGUGUGGCCUCCAGCUCGCGCUCGCUGCUCCCCUGGCCUCCAGCUGCUUCUCCUUCAGAUUCACCCCAGUCCACUCCGACCAAGAUCAGGACCAAGAGCAACAACAGCAAGACCAACACGCGGAGAUGAUUCAAGUAACCAAUGCACGGCGUGCAAGCUCGUCAGCGACGACCUUCCGCAAGGACUCGUGUCCUGUCCAAGGCGAAGGUUUCGAACACUGGGGUGCAUGGUACAAUGACAAGCAUUACUCGCUCGAGGUCAUCCAACAUCCGAUCAGGGCCCGAAUGUGCGGGUUUGGUGAUAAAGAUCGUCGACCGUUAGCUCCUGCCGCCGUAGCGAAAAUGACAGUCCGCCGAGAGGACAAUAGUAUAGUCGACGUAGACGAUUUAGAUGUCGCAUUUUUUGUGGUCACAGUGGACCUUUGGUCAGCCGACGGGAAACAAGAAAUGAACCUGGUCCUGCACCCGUCAUCAGCGGAUCGCUAUAUCCCAACUCAUGUUAGCAAACCGCGACGACGUGGGAACGGCCCAGGUGGUGGCAGCUCGGCACCCGACCCACAAUCUUCUCAACCUUCUUUACAAGCCCUCCCGCCUCCUGCAGCAGCGUACGCUCAUGCACAACACCAAUCUGCGUACCCGGGAUAUCCCGCUCAACAUCCAGGCGCCUCUGAUCCAAAUGCGGCGCCGCCAUAUCCCACCCACCCUCCGUACCCACACUAUCCCGAGCACGCCGCGUGGGGCUAUCCACCCUACCCGCCCUACCAACAUCCGGGCUAUCCGGGCUAUCCUCUGCCGCCGAUCCAGUCGUUCCACAGCAGGAUGGGAACUCCAGCCCAGACGCCUUGGCAAAAUGAUCCUUCCCGCGGCGAUCCUCCAGCGGCUUCUGGUCCGAAUGAUGCGGAGGGACCAUCGUAUCCCGCCUCUUCUCCUGCGCCUCCGCCAGCUCCGGCAUAUGGAACUCCAUAUGGCCCGCCACCGCCGCCUGUUGAUGGCGGACCGUUAUACGCUAUGCAACCAUAUGGUCCACCACCAGCACAUUACCCAUAUGCGCAACCACCUCCCCCGGCUCCCUUGCCUCCUUCAACUCCAGCACCGGCUCAUCAUUCCCAGUCUCAAUCACAAUCUCAGUCUCAAUCGUCGGCUCCGUCGGCCUCUUCAGGGUCCAACGCGUCUGCGGGCCCGAGCUCGUCGAAGCACAACCCAUCAGCGCCCUCAGUACCGCUGCCUCGGCACACAUACACUCGCACUCUCGUGGGUCCUCUUUCCGCAAACGCGGCACGAUUGAACGACGAACAUCGCAAGCCCGGGAUUUUCUUCCUUUUCCAAGACCUCUCAAUCCGAACAGAAGGGACUUUCAGGCUUCGACUGCGGCUGAUGAAUGUCGGCGCGCAUCCGGCGCCUGAACCUGGUGCGAACCGUGUGAUGACUGGUAUCGCACCAAUCCUCGCACAAACGUUCACGGAAUCAUUCACCGUCUAUUCUGCCAAGCGUUUCCCAGGUGUUCCAGAUACAACCGCGUUAUCGAUUGCUUUCGGGAACCAGGGCCAAAAGCUUCCUUUGCGCAACCGCCACGGUUCGCGUCAGGCUGGUCGCCGACGUCGCCGCGACGAAUCAGAUUCAGAGGAAAAUUCCGAUGGGUCAUAAGCUUAGAUUUUGAAUUAUUAAUUCUUGGUCUUCGAUUCUUUGUUUAUCGUUUUCUUGACGCCUUGCUUGUAUCAUAUAAUUUCUCUUGGUCUCCUGCUCGUGCUAGAUCGUAUUCUUGUUUGUCUUAUGGUUCAUUUUUGUUUGCUGCGUCCUAUAGUCUUGUUUCGGCUUGUUUAUUUGGUUGUCUAGUUUGUUGCGUUCAGCGUCGACGCCUUAUGUACAUUUCGUACUUUGUCUUACUCGUCAAAUCAAAAUCACCACACAGAAGAAAAGAGGAAAAUUCAGACUUGGUUGAUGAAAC